CGCCGGUUUGUCAUAUUGCGUGUAUGUCACCAUCAAGACACAUCGCGAUAAGGGGAAACAUUUGGUUAAUCCAUGUUACAACAAACAUAUAGACAAAUGUGUCGACAUUGAAGAGUUGGACUCAAUAAAAGAAAAGAAAGUGUACUGCAGGUGCUGGCGUUCUUCAAAGUUUCCUUACUGUGAUGGAUCCCACAAUGAACACAAUAAGCUCACUGGUGAUAAUGUUGGCCCUAUAAUAAUCGAUAUGAAGAAGUCAAAUUAG